CUGUCAAGGUAAUAUCAGAGAUUUGACUUCAUGGGGCGAAAAAUGAGCUGCCAAAGUUUACGCUGGAGUGAAAUUUGUGUGGAAAUGACAAGAAAGUGACCCAGUCAGCAGCUGUGAUAUGAAUAAACAGUUUCCAACGGGAUUAUUUAAGGAUUGAUCUUCAUUUUUGCUGUCUUUAAGUUAGAUUACAUAAUAAAAGGGUUUGCAAAGAAAUGGGAGAGAAUAAGAAUGACGAUGGAGAUCAGUGCAAGAAUCCUGCUAUUAUUGGGAGUGAAAUUCGUUCCCGUCUGCAGCAGUUUGUGGAGGAGAGGAUGCAGACCACUAUGCUGACGGGUGUAUUGAUCGGAGCCGUGGCGGCUGCGUGUCUGAUAGGAAUCUGUGUGCUUUUCUUCUACCGCAGAUAUAAACUGGCGAAUCAACAGGCUGGUGUUCCUCGCUAUCGAUUCAGAAAAAGAGAUAAAGUGCUUUUUUAUGGCAGGAAAAUCAUGAGAAAGGUCCAGACCUUGUCCUCGACACCAUCCUCCUCUUCAGUGUCUAAGCAGCGCUCUCGGAAGAGGCCUAAAGUUCUUAGUAUAGCACGCAGGAUCUUGCGGAUCAGGAAGGAGCCGCCCACUUUGCAGCCCAAAGAACCCCCUCCCUCUCUCCUGGAGGCAGAUCUCACUGAAUUUGACGUGCAGAAUUCAAACCUGCCCUCAGAGGUGCUCUACAUGCUCAAGAACGUCAGGGUACUUGGUCAUUUUGAGAAGCCUUUGUUUUUGGAGCUGUGUCGGCACAUGGUGUUUGUGGAGCUGCAGGAGGGAGAGGGGCUGUUCAAGCCCGGGGAUGAUGACGACAGCAUUUAUGUGGUUCAGGAUGGAAGGCUGGAGCUUUGCAUUCAUGAGAUUGAUGGCACAGAGCCUGUAGUAAAGGACGUGUUGCCCGGGGACAGUGUUCACAGUCUGCUCAGCAUUCUAGACAUCAUUACAGGUUAUCCUGCUCCCUAUAAGACUGUGUUUGCUCGUGCAGCGGUCAGGUCUACCAUAUUGCGUCUGCCUGCCUCAGCUUUCCAGUCAGUGUUUGAGAAAUACCCAGAAACGCUAGUGAGAGUCAUACAGAUAAUCAUGGUGCGUUUGCAGAGAGUCACUUUCCUGGCACUUCACAACUACCUGGGACUGACAACCGAGCUUUUCAAUCAGGAGAGACAAGCAGUGCCUCUGUUCGCAGUCAACAGUGUGCUCACUGAGGGGAGUCCCAGCAGAGUCCAACGCAGAUCCCACUUUCAGACACAAACGGAAGACGAGCACCUGCAGGGCUCUGGAGAGAACUUGACAGACUCAGAUGGAGGGCAAGCUGGUUCAUAUGAAAACACAUCCACAGCUGUGCGGAGGUCUCGCUCGGUCUCGAUGCCUGUAGAGACCACAGGAGUGGCAGGAAAUGACCUGAACAUGGCCUACGAACGGGCCCGAGUCACCAUAGAUGAUACUCCAUCCAAUUCUGUCAUUCACAAGUCUAUUUUGAAGAAGAGUGUGACCAUGCAGCAUGCUCCGUCCACUGUGAUUCACUACAUAGACAAUGCACCGCACUCUGACGUUCCUCCUAGUAAAGUGGGUGCCAUUUUCCAGGCCGCCAAAAAGGAUCUGCUGGGGAUUAUUCCACUGCAGGACCCCAGUUUGCUGGAGGGUAGAGUAACGCUCCAUCAAGUUAAAGCUGGAUCUGUUGUAGCUCACCAAGGAGAUCAGGAUGUAAGUGUGCAGUUUGUGAUCUCGGGCACGUUGCAUGUGUACCAGCGGAUGAUUGACCGAGAGGUGGAGACGUGUCUGUUUGUGGCUCACCCAGGAGAGCUGGUGGGUCAGCUGGCCGUAUUGACGGGUGAGCCACUUAUCUUCUCCGUACGGGCGCAUCGGGACUGCAGCUUCCUGUCCAUCUCGAAAACACACUUCUAUGAGAUCAUGCGAGCUGAGCCCACGGUGGUGCUGAAUGUGGCUCAUACAGUUGUAAGAAGGAUAUCAUCUUUCGUCAGGCAGAUUGAUUUUGCCCUUGACUGGAUGGCUGUGGAGGCAGGCAGAGCUGUCUACAGGCAGGGUGAUAAGUCUGACAGUACUUUUAUAGUGCUCAGCGGCCGCCUGCGUUCCGUCAUUAUGAAGGAGGAUGGGAAAAAGGAGCUGACUGGAGAAUAUGGUAGAGGAGAUCUCAUUGGGGUGGUGGAGGCUCUGACCCAUCAGAACAGAGCAACAACGGUUCACGCUGUUCGGGACUCAGAACUGGCUAAACUACCUGAGGGCGCUCUCAGUUCCAUCAAGAGGAAAUUCCCACAGGUAGUCACAAGGCUAAUUCACCUGCUUGGACAAAAGAUACUCCAGCAAGUUAAUGGACCUUUGACAGCUCGCAGUCUAGCUCUUCACACACCUGGUAGUAAAUGGGACGUGGGGAACCCUGCCUCAAACCUGUCCACUGUCACUGUACUCCCGGUAUCAGAGGAAGUUCCUCUGACUGCGUUCACCCUGGAACUUCAGCAUGCACUCUUAGCUAUCGGCCCCACUCUUCUCUUGACUAGUGACAUCAUCAAACAGCGCCUCGGCUCUGCUGCAUUAGACAGUGUGCAUGAGUACAGGUUAUCGAGUUGGCUGGGUCAGCAGGAAGACAUCCACCGCAUAGUCCUAUAUCAGACAGAUGUGUCACUCACUCCAUGGACUCAGCGCUGCAUCAGACAGGCUGAUUGCAUCAUCAUCGUGGGACUGGGAGAGCAGGACCCAGCCGUGGGAGAAUUGGAACGUAUGUUAGAGGGGAGUGCGGUGAGAGCGCAGAAACAGCUGGUGUUGUUGCACCGUGAGGAUGGCCCUCCUCCCAAAGGAACAGCCGAAUGGCUCAACAUGCGGAGCUGGAUCUCCAGGCACCUUCACCUGUCCUGCCCCCACAGGGUCUUCUCCAGGAGGAGCCUGCCAAAACUGAGAGAAAUGUACCAGCGUGUGUUCCAGAAGCCUGCUGAUCGCCACUCUGAUUUCUCACGUCUGGCCCGUGUUCUUACGGGCAACGCCAUUGCGCUGGUGUUGGGGGGUGGAGGAGCCAGGGGCUGUUCUCAGGUGGGCGUCAUUCGAGCAUUGAGUGAGGCGGGAAUCCCCAUUGAUCUGGUGGGCGGCACCUCUAUCGGUUCCAUGAUGGGUGCGCUGUACGCAGAGGAACGCUGUUACAGCAGGAUGAAGAUCAGAGCCAGAGAAUGGGCGAUGGAAAUGACAUCCGUGUUUAAGAAAAUGCUGGACUUGACCUACCCUGUCACUUCUAUGUUUUCUGGUGCUUCGUUUAACUCUAGCAUUAAUGCUGUCUUCAAGGACAAACAGAUAGAGGAUCUCUGGAUCCCAUAUUUCAACAUCACCACAGAUAUCACUGCUUCCACGAUGAGAGUGCACACUGACGGCUCCCUGUGGAGGUAUGUGCGUUCCAGCAUGUCUCUUUCUGGUUACCUGCCACCACUGUGUGAUCCAAAAGAUGGACACCUGCUCAUGGAUGGAGGCUACAUCAACAACUUGCCAGCGGAUGUGGCACGCUCCAUGGGUGCCAAGGUGGUUAUUGCCAUCGAUGUGGGCAGCCAAGAUGAAACCAACCUCACCAACUACGGGGAUGCCCUUUCUGGCUGGUGGCUGCUAUGGAAACGCCUUAACCCACUGGCUGAGAAAGUCAAGGUAUUGAACAUGACUGAGAUUCAGGCUCGGCUGGCUUAUGUGUGCUCAGUGAGACAGCUUGAAUCUGUUAAGAAUAGCGAAUACUGUGAAUACCUCAGACCUCCCAUCGACAGAUACCGCACACUUGAGUUUGGCAAGUUUGAUGAGAUUAGCGAAGUGGGCUACCAGCAUGGGAAGACGGUGUUUGACGUGUGGUGCAGGAGUGGCGUGGUGGAAAAGAUGAUGAAGGACAGACAUCAGGAGGAAUUCCACAAAACGCAGAGCAACAAUUUGGUAACCUGUCCAAAUGCUUCCUUCACUGAUCUGGCUGAGAUCGUCUCACGGAUUGAGCCAGUCAAACCAGCUCUUGUGGAUGAUGAAUCGGACUAUCACACGGACUAUGAAGAGGAGAAUGCAGAGAGUGCUCUGUCAGACAUUGAGCUCUACAACCAUUACAGCGAGCACACAGAGGAAGAACUGACCGCAGACACUGAUGAAGAAUUCGAGAGGUCUCACAGGCAGCGUGUACAUUCUGACUUGGAAAACCUAGGACCUGUGUCCUCCAAAACACUACAGAACUCUAGCUCCAACAGUCCUCCAUCCAUCCACAAAAGAAAAGCACAAGGACUGAAACCCCUCCAUCCCGACCACUGACGCAGAUAUCAGCAUGGCAGUGUACAAACACUGGCACGCCAAUGAUUUGGGGUUUGGCUUUCUGUAAACACUGCAGUCACACCAAUUACGUUCAGGCCUUGAGGAACAGGGACUGAGUAUUUUGUGUAUUUACACAAGCAUUUUUCCCCUCUCAUACAAAGAAAUCCAAAGAACACAUCUAUUGCUGCAAUGGAAGUUUAAGAUGGACUGGGUAACAUGGCAUGAGGUUGAAAUAAUACCUGGCCUUGCAUCUGAGCAGUAACUCAAGACUAUCCCAGAGUGUCAGGGAAGUUUCAUGCUGACUUUGAACUCUUUUGAUUCCCAAGCGUUGUCUUCACCCCAUCUUGAAUUACUGGUUAAUCAAUAGAGGAGGAUAUUACACAAUUAAGACAAUCAGCUACAACAUUCUUUACAAACAGUUAGAUUGAAUUGCAUGUUUGACUGAUUCUUUCUUCUGUCAGUGAAAGAAGCAGAAAAGAGCCAAAUAAUGAUUUAGAGUUAAAAAAAAGAAAGUGAUAUUGAAUGUAGAGUUCUCUGUUUAUGAGCUCAGAUGACCAAUGUUGACUUUUUGUUUCAUUUACACAUCUCAAAGACUUUGCUGUUUCACACAGAUCAGUAACUCCUAGCUCAGGGGUGUCAUGAUCUAUGGACAGUUGAGUGAUCGAUGUAAACUAACCAGUGUUGUGUAUCAUACCGAAUGUGUCGGAUGAGUUAAUCAUGCCUCUAGCUGCACAUUAUCUAACAAUACACCUAAGAAAAGCAUGCAUAUCAAUGCAAUAUUUUUUAUAUUUCUUGUUUUUGUUGUGAAAAUUACUGUAUGAUAACUAGUGCCUUUUAACAUUAAAACUAGCCAUAAAAGACAAUGGGAGUUUGGUAAUGGUCCAGAAAUAGUCUAACAGUCUAACAACAAUGCCAGUAUUGAUUAAUAUGUAUGUAUGAGGAAUCAUUUGACUUUUGGUUUAUGCCUCCAUGACUGACUUUAAUUUGGAGUUUUGUGGUCGUGCAAUUGUUUUUGAAUCUUUCGGAACAAUCCUUAUGCUGUAUACCAAUAGUUUUUGCUUAAAUCUGUUGUAACCCUGUCAUAAAGCUAAAAAAGAAAGCAGCUAUGUUGUCAGCAUUGGUUGUUUAGGGUCAGUUAGUUUCCAAAGUUAAGGAAACCACAGUAUGGACAAAUGAAUAUGCAAUUGUUUUCAAAUCGAUGGAAGAAUGUAGUGUCAUUCUGCAAUCGUCUUAAAAUGCGGAUUCCUAAUAAACCGUUUUUUGUUUUUGUCUUGAGUUCCAGUGUUCAAAGUACUCUGAAGAUUUUGAAAUAUUUGUUUAUUUGCAUAUGUUUCAUAAUGCAGGACGGCUCACAUUUACCCUGUUUGCUGCACUCCAGGAGCCAAGUGUGCCUGGCGGUGAUUAUGAGAAUGAAUUAUGGGAUUCAGCAGUAAGUCCAUGGUUUUUCUGCCUAAUGGAGUUGCUGCCGUCUUCAAUCAUUGCUCGGUGCCAACACUGAACAAAACAGCCUCAGCAGGCUGCUGCACGUGAGAUGUAAUGCACUCAGAUAUGUAAUGAAGACGAAACACUUCCAAAUGAGUUUCGAGAAGUGAAAACUAGGAGACAAUCACACAUGAUGAACAAACGUCUAUGCAUCACAUGCACUGAUGUGUGCAGCUGCAUUUGGUUUAGGGUCAGUCAAGUGUUUUGCUAGUUUGUGGAUAUUGGAGAACCUGUAUGAGUUUCCGUAUAUACAGCUGCUUUUUAGCAUGUUUUGUUUGAAAGAAACUUUUGACCCUAAGAUUUGUGGACAUUUUUUAUUUUGUUUUAAUUUUUAUGCUGCAAUGUUACUGAAAAUGAGCUUUAAAUAGAUUAAUUCGACCUUAAAGCCAUUUGUAUUACUUUGCAUCCCCUUCUUUUCUUUGUUUCUGUGUGGGCCCGUUCUCUAGCUCAAUAUCACCUGUGUCUCCUGUAUCUUCACCUUGUCGUUAUCAUUGAGAAAUGCUUUCUGGAAUUGCAGUGUUGUUUAAAGACGGUAUGAUUAAUUUAGUCUUUUCAGGUUAGAUGUAUCUUUGUCACCCGUAGUCCACUUCUCACCAGGUGUGCUGUAGACAAAUGGGAAUUUAUAAUGGACAUCCUGUGUUUUCCAGAAUGGCAUGAAAAUAAUGAACUGAUUAAUGAAUGAGCCAAACACGCACUGCACCUUUUUUGGGGGUGAAUUUUACAUUUGAAUGCAUGCUAAAUUGUUCAUCUGCUCUCAGCCAUAUUUUGUAUCUUGUUUAAUACACGAUAAACACUAGAAAUUUUCCUCAAA